UGAGCUCGAAUAGACCAAGUCUUGUGUUUAAGUGGAGAAGGGUAGAGGGAUGGGGUUAUUAUUGACUAGUUUCAAAGCUGAAACAACAGUUUGUUGGUUAUAAGAUAGGAUGAAAAAACAGCUACCUCAGUAGUGAAAUAGUUAAAGCUUUACAGGUUAAUAAUUUGAAACGCUGGUGAUUACUGAUUAGCACUCACUAGGAUCCUUUUUUACGUCUUCUAUGAGCGUUUGUGGACAAAAAGGAAUGUUCAGAUGAGGUUAGUUAUUGUGUCAACCACGAUUGUGUCGAACCUGGCCAUUACAUCCCUCUUGUAAUAUCCCAUAUAGUCUUAAAUUGGCUUUUAGGGUUAUGUUGCUCAAGAGGUUCACCAAGAUUCUGUUGAUGAGAUAGUUGGACCACAUACACUUCCUAUGACGACGAUGAUAAGGAGCUUUAGAAAUAGUGGAAUAAUGACUUAAAACCUACCUCAUCCACAUUACUUCUUAACCUAGCCCAGUAGUACCAUGAUUAUCUUCGAUAUUAAUCGAGUUCUAUUUGGUGAAAAAUUGACAAUGCAUCAAUAAACUGAGAGUAAAUACUCAAUGUCUAAUACUGUAUCCGAGUUGUAUGUUAGCUGCAAGUAAGUUAUGAUAUCCCAACUCAAUUGAUAUGGCCGUAGACCAAAGAUUUGGUCUGCUUGAACAUGAUGGUAGUACGAUUUUUGGUGGUUUAGUAUGUUGCAUAUCAGAGUUAUUGCAGCUAGUGAUUCUAGACUUCAUGGGGGUCAACAUAUUGGUGCAUAAGGUUCAAGUACGCUGUCAUUCUGCUGCUAUUAUGUGUAUGAAGGUGAAUAGUAGUGCAUUAACUGGUUAGACAAGGUGAGCUUUGGAGAACAAAGGAUCAAAUUUCUUCAGAAGGGGGAGGAUAAACACUUGUUAGAACAACUUUAAGAGUUAAAAGAGUUUUAGAGUGAGAUAUAAUGUGACUGGGAAUCUAAUUUUUGCCCGACAGAAGGAAAACAAUCCUAUUGGUCAUCUGCUUUUCAACAUAUUGUCGAAGCUUCAGAUUCACAGUAUCAAGCAUAAGAAAGAGAUUUAGAGAGAGAUAUAGUUUUUUCUAAUAACUAGGAUGUGAAAUCAAGUCUUUGAAAGAGGAGAAUUUUAAUAUGUGGACUGAAAGAGUGUAACGAACAUGUAAUCCUCUCAGUAAUCAUGCUAAACUCCUGGAUCAUUUGAGUCAGUUGUGCAUUUCAUGAUUUUUCAAAACAAUUGGAGUUACUUCCACUGCUAGACGACGGAAGGGAUAGAGAAGAAUGGUGGUCUGUGUUUAGCAUAUUUAAGUUUAUUUCUAACAGCCAUCUUGAGUGAGUCAAAACGCUCAAAGCAACAUCUCAGCCUUUGUGUAUUUGAUAGUCUAUGCUUUUGAUUGCCAAUUUCUCCAGGAUUUCCUUCUGGAGUUGCAACUGAUACCCCUCUAUUCGCAUUAUUUGGGGGCGGGAGGUGGGGUUGUGCUAGAUCAACGGCAAAGUUGUUUCCGUGUGACCACAAGUUUGAGCUAUGAAAUCAGCCACAAUUUCUUACAUCAGGGUAAGCUGCCUCCUCACCUACCUUUUGGGGCGAUCCUGGGUGAACCGUGUGGUUCGUGCACUGAGCUAUCCUUUUAGUUGUUUCACAUCUAUGAUGACUGUAUUAGAUGCUGGAAGUGGUUUCAAUCUUUGAAUGGGCUUGUAAGAUUGCUCAAAUUCAUAAUCUGAGUCUUUCAAGUUACAAACUGCCCGAGGUAGUAAUUAUCUCGUGAAAUUAGUUGAGGUACAUAUAAGCUGAUUUGGACAGAAGAAGAAUGUUAGAAAGUGUUUUUAAGCAAAAAAGAAAAAAAAAAGAAGGGGACUUAUUGACUUCGUCAUGACAACGAAUUCAUGCUAAGACGGAAACAUGGAUGUUUACGAAUUUAUGUGUGACAAACUAUCAAUUCAAAAUAAAUGUUAUAGCUACAGUUUCAUUUAAUUUUAAUUCACAAUAAACUUUUUGUCAUUCGUCUCUCUCUCCCCUGAAUCUUGCUCGUUACUCUUUGGUUUGUCACAGAUGACUAAAUUAAUUUUUUUUUCAAGUUUUAUACCUGAACUAUUUAAUUAUUGAUCAAAUCACACACCAACUAUAAAUUGUUCUAUUUUACCACCUGAAUAUAGUGAUAUUUCAAAUAGAAAAAAGGAACAAUCGACAUUUAAUAUGUAUUUUGAUAAAUAACUAUAAUAGCUAAAAUAGAAAACUCAUUUACCUAAUUAUUCAAACAUAAAACUUGAAAAACCAAAAUAACAUUUCAUAACAAUUUUGUUAUGCUAUUACUAAAAUGACAUUUAUUUUGAGACGGAGCACGGGAGUAUUAGAUAACCACAAAAUCAUUAGAAGACAAGUGUGCUUAUAAUUUAUCAAAAACUCAGUGCUAACUGACAAAACCAACGGUAACUUUCUUUUCAAACCGUUGUGUCCUCCAAAAACACUCCAUCUUUUCCCCUGUUUUUUUUCUUUUCAUCACAAUUUCCCAUUAAUCAUCAUCAUAUUCAUAAUUUUUUUCCAUUGAAGAACCCAAUCAUAAAGAAAAAAAUGAAGUGUUUUACAUGUUGUUUUCGUACUAAUUCCAAUCACAAGAAAAUCAUCACAAAAAAGUCAUGUAGUAACAAGAUCAAUAGUAUCUCUCCUCAAGCUCUCCAGGAUUUGCUCGAGACUCGCGAAAAAGGUGAAGAUAUUGUAGCCAUUAAUGGUACAAAAGAAGAAGUUAAUCACCACGACAAGAUUGUGAAAUCCAUAAACCUCAUCGAAGAAUCAAAGGAUAUAAUUAACAGAGAGAAUUUGCUCGAGUUCGAUGAGAAUAGCGAAGCUGAUGUAGACGCCAUUGAUGCUAAAAAAGAAGCUCGACACAAGAUUGUGAACUCCAUUAACCUGUUUGAAGAAUCCAAGGACGAGGAGGAAGAAGAAGAAGAGUCGAAUAAAAGCAGCAAAAAUGAUGAGGGCUUAUUAUCAAAUCAAGUUUCUGCAGAUUGCUCGGAGUAUCUGAGCAAUUUGCAGAAACAUAACGGAGAAGAAGAAGAAGAAGUGGAAGAGGUUUCAAAUUCAAGUGUGUCAAGCUAUAUAUCUUAUCCUCAGUUUCAUCGAUAUCAUUGUUGCAGAAACAGCAAUGAUGAAUUCGAAGAUAUUGAUCUCGAAGAUGAAGCUAACAAUAACGAUGAUGGAAAUGAAUUGAUUCGUGAAGAGUCGUCUUACGAGUCAUUGUUUUCACUCUCCAUAGACAACUCCACUCGGAAUGGAAAUAAUCCCAUCCCCGAAAUCAUGUGCGACAAGGAGGAGGUCAACAGUCCAUUGAAACCUAUGUUGCUGAGACGUUUCAAAAAUGUUGACAUACUUGUAUCGGAACCUCAAGAAGUAGUGCAUUUUCAACACGAAUGUGACAACAGUUUUGAAGAGUCCGAGCAACAUAGAUCACCGGUAUUGAAUCCAAUUCGAAAUCCAUGUCUAUUGAAAGACACUGGCAUUACAACGCCUCCAUCACUAUUGAAUCAACAAGAGGAGAAGGAGAACAUUGAUAUGAAUCUUCUUGAUUUUAGUACCACGUAUAAUCGUGCAAAAGAAGAGCCUAAUUUGAAGCGCCAAGAGAAUGAAAUCGCGGUUGAUGCUAGUCUCUCAAGCUGGUUAGUUGAAUGUUCUCAAGACGAUACGCCAAAUUCUAAAAACAGUGUUGGUUCUGUCGGAAAUUCACCUUCAGAGAGAUGCGUAGGGCUUAUUGAUGGACCAAUUUUAGGAGCAUUGUUAGUAGAAGAGCUCAAAGAUGAAAAGCCAAUUGUAAUAGGGACUAUUGGGAGCUAUUUGAGACAUACAGGGCAAGCUACUGGUGUUUCAUCUUACUGAGGCAUUUCGUCGAGCAGGCAGCACACUCCCGGGAGGGAGGUAUAUGCGCUUUAUUUUUACACGUAUUAUGUUAAGUUUGUAUUGUUAUUCCAUAUUCAACUAUUCAAUAGUUUUAAAGAUAGUUAAAUUUGUAUAGCAUUUUUUUUACAUGAAAGUGGAGUUUACCAGACCAAUGAAUAUCAUCCCUUUGAGGUCUGAUUAAUUUCAAUUUAUAUAAAAGUUUUAACUUUGAAGUAUAGUGUAUGACAAAUAUCAUGAAUUAUCCUGUAAUAAAAUUAGUGGUUGCUUAUAGCUA